CCAUAAAUAGGCGGGCAGCAGCAGAGCAACCAAGGAGGAAGACAGAAAAUGAGCAACAACGCAGGGAAGCUCGUGUGUGUCACUGGUGCUUCUGGUUAUAUUGCUUCAUGGCUCGUCAAGUUCCUUCUCAAUCGUGGUUACACUGUCAAGGCCACUGUUCGCGACCCUAAUGAUCCCAAAAAGGUAGAACACUUGGUCAAACUUGAUGGUGCGAAGGAGAGAUUGCACUUGGUUAAAGCAAACCUCCUGGAUGAAGGUUCCUUUGAUCCUGUUGUUGAAGGGUGUGAGGGGGUCUUUCAUACUGCGUCUCCCUUUUAUCAUGAUGUCAAAGAUCCACAGACUGAACUGCUUGAUCCGGCAGUGAAGGGAACUCUCAAUGUUCUGAAGUCAUGUGCUAAAUUUCCAUCUGUGAAAAGAGUUGUUUUAACUUCUUCCAUUGCCGCAGUUGCAUAUAACGGAAAGCCAAGAACUCCUGAAGUUGUUGUUGAUGAGACAUGGUUUUCAGAUCCAGACUUUUGUAGGGAAGCUCAGCUGUGGUACACAGUUUCAAAGACUUUGGCUGAAGAUGCUGCUUGGAAAUUUGUAAAGGAGAACAACAUUGACAUGGUUACCAUCAAUCCAGCAAUGGUGAUAGGACCUCUCUUGCAACCAACUCUUAACACUAGUGCUGCUGCAGUUUUGAAUAUAAUAAAUGGUGCCCAGACAUUUCCAAAUAUGACUUUUGGAUGGAUCAAUGUGAAAGAUGUUGCAAAUGCCCAUAUUCAAGCACUUGAAAUUCCUUCUGCUAGCGGAAGAUAUUGUUUGGUUGAGAGAGUGGCACACUAUUCAGAGGUUGUGAAGAUUUUACGUGAGCUGUACCCGACAUUGCAACUUCCUGAAAAGUGUGCGGAUGAUAAGCCGUUCAUGCCGACAUACCAGGUUUCUAAAGAAAAGGCUAAAACACUGGGAAUUGAAUUUGUUCCGUUGGAGGUGAGUCUCAAGGAGACUGUGGAAAGCUUGAAGGAGAAGAAAUUUGUCAACUUUUAAUUUUGUAAUCCCUAUUUUAAGAGUAAAUGUUGGUUGGUUAGCUCAAGCGUGCUUUGAGUUGUAUCUGUGGAUUUGAAAACUCUGAUCUUUUGUAAUACAAUAAACGGUGCUUUAUAGGACACUGAGAGGGGUACAAUGCUUGUGUUAGGUAGGAGCUAUUUUGAAAGACCUUUGGCUUGUCUGCAUGCUGUUUAUAAAUUAAUAUUUUGAAUGUUGGCAUUUUUAGGUAAAA